GAUAGGAAUCGGGAAGAUUAUAACUUGGGUAGUAUUAAGAUGAAAAUCCCAUCGUUCCAUAGUUAUUCCGAGCUGAAGAAAGUCAAAGUGGCAGCAAUUGAAUUCUCGGAUUAUGCAAUUGUUUGGUGGGAUCAAUUGAUGAUAAAUAGGCGAAGAAAUAGAGAGCCACCUAUAGCUACGUGGGAGGAAAUGAAAAGGGUGAUGAGGAAGCGAUUUGUUCCUAGUUAUUACUACCGGGAGCUGUAUAAUAAGUUACAAAGUCUUAGGCAAGGUAACCGGAGUGUAGAGGAAUAUUUUAAGGAGAUGGAAGUGGCCAUGAUUAGAGCUAACAUAGAGGAGGAUCGAGAGGCUACUAUGGCAAGAUUUUUGGCUGGAUUGAACCGAGAAAUUCAAAAUGCCGUGGAAUUACAACAUUAUGUGGAGUUGGAGGAUAUGGUGCACAUGGCCAUCAAGAUUGAGAACCAGUUCAAGAGGAGAGGCAAUACACGUGCAAGCCAAAGUCCAAGCACAUCCACUUGGAAACCGAAUCAGUCGAAGAAAGAUGAGAAGCAAUCCACGUCGAUGUUGAAAACCGAGCAAAAGCGAGAAGCAACCAGCCAUGUUCCUCAAGGUAAAACCGACAUUUCUACCUCCAGGAAUCUUGACAUUAAGUGUUUUAAAUGCCAAGGCAGGGGACACAUAGCAAGUCAAUGCCCAAACAAGCGGGUCAUGCUGAUGCGAGACAAUGGUGACAUUGUGACCGACACUGAAGAUUCCGACACCGAUGACAUGCCCCCAUUGGAGGACGUUCCCGAAGAGGAAUAUUUAGCUCCAGAUGCAUUGACAUUGGUGGCAAGGAGAGCAUUAAGCUUGCAAACAAAAGGAGUUGAAGAAGUGCAGCGGGAGAACAUCUUUCACACUAGGUGCUACAUCAAAGACAAGGUAUGUAGUGUGAUUAUUGAUGGUGGUAGUUGUACUAAUGUCGCAAGUGCAACAAUGGUGGAAAAAUUAAGACUGCCCAUGGUGAAGCACCCUAGGCCGUACAAGCUGCAAUGGUUGAAUGAUAGUGGUGAGAUAAGGGUGAACAAGCAGGUGUUAGUUGCAUUUCGAAUCGGUAAAUACGAAGAUGAAGUGUUGUGUGAUGUAGUACCGAUGCAAGCAGGACACUUGUUGCUAGGGCGUCCAUGGCAAUUUGAUAGACGAGAGUAUGAGGAUGUCUUUCCCGAGGAAACACCACAUGGCUUACCUCCAAUCCGAGGGAUUGAACAUCAAAUUGAUUUUGUUCCCGGUGCGACAAUUCCAAACCGACCAGCCUAUAGGAGCAAUCCUGAGGAGACAAAGGAGCUUCAACGGCAGGUAAAGGAGUUGUUAGAGAAAGGGUACGUGGGGGAGAGCUUGAGCCCAUGCGCUGUUCCAGUAAUACUUGUACCUAAGAAGGAUGGGACGUGGAGAUUUGUUGUUAGUGCACAAGGUAUACAGGUUGAUGAGGAGAAGGUACGUGCAAUCCAAGAGUGGCCUAGUCCCACAAGUGUAAGUAAUGUUCGUAGUUUUCAUGGACUUGCUAGUUUCUAUCGGCGGUUCGUGAAGGACUUUAGUAGCAUAGCAGCACCACUUACUGAAGUGAUCAAGAAAAACGUUGGAUUUAGAUGGGGAGAAGAACAAGAGAAGGCGUUUCAGCUAAUCAAAGAGAAGCUGACCAACGCUCCUUUAUUAUCUUUACCUAACUUUUCUAAAACUUUUGAGAUUGAAUGUGAUGCUUCAGGUGUUGGUAUAGGUGCAGUUCUCAUGCAGGAAGGACGACCAAUUGCUUACUUCAGCGAAAAACUAAGCGGUGCAGCCUUAAACUAUCCAACUUAUGAUAAAGAGUUGUAUGCAUUGGUUCGAGCUUUAGAGACGUGGCAGCACUACCUAUGGCCUAAGGAGUUCGUGAUACACACCGAUCAUGAGUCCUUGAAACACUUGAAGGGCCAACACAAACUAAACAAAAGACAUGCCCGAUGGGUGGAGUUCAUUGAGACGUUUCCAUACGUCAUUCGGUAUAAGCAAGGUAAGGAGAAUGUGGUCGCCGAUGCACUUUCUCGCAGGCAUGAUGACUUUCUGUUUCGAGAGAAUAAGUUAUGCGUGCCAAAUUGUUCCUUGAGAGAGUUAUUAGUGCAGGAAUCACAUGGUGGGGGAUUAAUGGGACAUUUUGGAGUAGCAAAGACUUUAGCUAUUUUGCAAGAACACUUCUAUUGGCCACAUAUGAAAAGAGAUGUUGAGAGAAUUUGUGGUAGAUGCAUUACGUGUAGGCAAGCUAAAUCCAGAGUGCAGCCUAACGGUUUGUAUACUCCUUUACCAAUUCCUAGUGAGCCUUGGAUUGAUAUUUCAACGGACUUUGUGUUAGGAUUACCUAGGACUAAACGUGGGAGAGAUUCAAUUUUUGUGGUUGUGGAUAGAUUUUCUAAGAUGGCACACUUUAUUCCAUGUCACAAAACGGAUGAUGCCUCGCAUGUUGCUGAUUUGUUCUUUAGGGAGAUUGUGAGGUUACAUGGCAUGCCUAGAACAAUUGUUUCGGAUAGAGAUGCUAAGUUCUUGAGCUAUUUUUGGAAGACUUUGUGGUGUAAGUUAGGUACUAAGCUGUUAUUUUCUACUACUUGUCACCCACAAACUGAUGGUCAAACGGAAGUAGUAAAUAGAACUUUGUCUACUUUGUUGAGGGCAAUCAUAAAAAAAAACAUUAAAACAUGGGAAGAGUGUUUACCACAUGUUGAGUUUGCUUAUAACAGAUCUGUUCAUUCCGCUACUAAAUUUUCACCAUUUGAAGUUGUUUAUGGAUUUAAUCCUUUAACUCCAUUGGAUUUAUCUCCUUUACCUUUGAUUUGGUUGCAUAUGAGGAAAGAGAGAUUUCCGGCACAAAGACGUUCCAAACUGCUUCCAAAAGGAGAUGGACCUUUUCAAGUCCUGGAGCGCAUCAAUGACAAUGCUUAUAAACUAGGUAGAGGUCCGUCCAUAAAUCACACAGCGGAAUUCCUAAGGUUGGCGGAGCGUAAUUCUCUGAACGAGUCAGAGAGCCAACAAGUUGCCCGGUAUAUGGAAGGUUUAAAGCCAACUAUUCGGGACAAGAUUGGCGUGCAGAUGGUAGCAACGGUGGAUGAUGCUCGAAGCUUAGCUCUCAAGGCUGAGAUGAUGACGCGAGACAGGGGAAAUUCAUACCGCAGGAAUUAUGCAGAAUCAUCACAAGUCUCUGCAGAAAGAAGCCAAGCUACUAAACAACCCGGAUUAAACAAGCAAGGUCAAGGAAAUUUCGAUAAAUCAGCUGGCAAAAAGUUGGUCACCGAGACUGGAGCUUCAAGGAACCAAAAUUCUCUUGUCGUGCAAUUCACAGCAAAGUGCUUCAAGUGCAACCAGCCGGGUCAUCGAUCGAGUGAUUGUCCUCGGCGAAAGGCUAUCGCUUUGGUGGAGCAUGAGGAAGAUGUUGAAGAUGUGUUUUGCGAUCCUGAGGAAGAGGAAGAAUACAGCGUUGAUGAUGAUUAUGAGCAGACAUACAUGGUUCGGAAGUUGAUGCUCGCACCUAAGCAAGAAGACCAAUCCCAGAGAAACAAGCUAUUUCGCACUAGGUGCAACAUUCAUUCACGCACUUUCAACUUGAUUAUUGACAGCGGAAGUCAAGAGAAUAUCAUAGGAAGAGCUGUGGUUGAGAAAGCUAGAGUUGCCAGUUGA